GUCAAUUGACGGACAGUGUCCUUCUCGAUCGACGAGUCUUUUUGCAGUACAGUUUUUAGAACGGAUCAUCCAUCUGCAUCCCGACAAACAGCAAACUACCCUGCAAGAGCAUCACAUCCACAGAGCACUCCAAGCACACCAUCACAAGUAUCCGACAUGUGCAUAGUCCUCGUGACCACGGCACAUCCCAAGUACGCGCUGGUAGCGAUCGACAACCGGGACGAGUACAUCCUCCGCCCAACAAGCCGGCCGCACUGGUGGACGGCCGAGCCCGAGACGCACCACGCCCCGAACGGGGUGACCAAUGGUGCUAACGGGUCGACCAAGGCAAAAUCGCCGGGUCCAGUCGAGAUACUCUCCAGCCGAGACCUGCAAAGAGCUGAGCGUGGGACGUGGUUGGGCAUCACCAAGGGAGGCAACUUCGCCGUGCUGACCAACUACCGCGAGACGGACACUCACAAUGCCGCGAGUCCCGUAUGCGGCACGCGCAGCCGAGGCGGCAUGGUAACUGCGUGGCUACGGGCGGACCCUGCCGAGUCGACCGAGCAGUUCGUACAUCGCAUGCUGGAAGGCGGCGGGGUAAAGGGCGUUGGUGGCUUCUCGCUGAUCUGCGGCAAACUGCGCAAGGUUUCGGGAGAGCAGAAUAUUGAGCCUCUCGCCAUCAUCUCCAAUCGCUGCGACCACGCCGGCCAGGUUGCUUGGAUCUGCGGACAGCGCGGCUCCGUUUACGGCCUCAGCAACGCCACCUACCUCGAUGAGGGUGAAGAGAGCGAAGAGACGCUAUGGCCCAAGAUCCGCAGCGGCAGGGAGUUGCUCAGCCGCGCCGUUUCGACGGCCAGCGACGAGCAGGAACUCAUCGACUCCCUCUUUAACGUCCUAGACACGGACAAUUUCCCCUCAGAUCAUACCAUCGACCUAGAAGAAGGGAUCCCGCUCCUCAAGAACUCCAUAUUCAUCCCGGCCUUUGGCGACAAGGAGCACCAGAGAGAGAUGUGCGAGGCGCAGCAGCGGGGCAAGGUGCAGCAGAGGGACCGCAACUUGCCCGCCGCCGAAACGCUAACCAGCGUGGCGCGGCCCGACGAACAGCCAUGUGGCUUUCAGACGGGCCUCUACGGCACCCAGCGCCAAACCGUGAUCCUCGUCGACUGGGAGGGCAACGUCACAUAUACGGAGCGCGCCCUGUGGGAUGACAACGGGAAUGCGAUCCCGAGAGGGCAGGGGGAUAAGACGUUCAAGUUCAAGAUUGAGGGGUGGCAGCAGGAGGCGGAGCCACGCGAAUAGAGGCUGUUUCUGCCCUGAGGACUUUCCAUCUGUUAUCACCACGAUGUGAACAAGACGGCCCUGGUCCCGGGUUAGAGGAUUGAGAGUUGCAUGAGAUUUGGAGUCCGGUUCACUAACUCGA